UUUCCGGUCCCUUUCAGGAAGCCACGCUGCUUUCGAUGGAUUUUGUUUCUCCGGCGGCCCUUCCCGUCUGUGGGAUUGACGCUUCCGAGGAGAAUACUUUUUUCCUGUCUAGCACCUGGAACUUGGGUUUGUCUGACUUGAUGGAGGGAAGAGUUAAAGGAACGGACAAAGAGGGGGCGGGGCAUCCGGAGGGCCUCUGAGAACCCCGGAAGUGCAAUUCACGGCGCGGUUUCCUCAGAGUCAGGUUUAUCACCUCAAACCCGCAGACGGAAGGUAGGAACACCGGAGGUUUGAGACCAAGCGUCCAAACCGGCGCUACCGUCGUCACCACCUGCAAGUCGCAUCUCUUUGCUUUUUUGUUGACUCACUCUUGAGGUGAGUCGUGGACGAGCUGCUUUCACCGUCAACCUGGAAAACGGAGCUUGCUUGUGUAGCGCCGAGCGGGGCAAGGUGGCACUUUUUCGUAUAAGGCUGCUUCUCUUGAAAGCAGUCCUGGCUUCUAAGACUGGCAUCCAAAUAAUUCUGGAAGAAGAGCUGACAGUCCGUGCACCCUAACAACCCUGGACAAUAACCAGCAUGUCUCAGGCCAGCAAGAGGAAGCAUGUGGUGCAGGAGGUGCUGGGGGAGCACAUGGUGCCUUCUGACCAACAGCAGAUAGUGAAAGUCCUCAGGACUCCUGGGAACAAUCUGCAUGAAGUAGAGACAGCACAAGGGCAGCGCUUCCUGGUGAGCAUGCCCUCCAAAUACCGCAAGAACAUCUGGAUCAAGAGAGGGGACUUCCUCAUUGUUGACCCUAUUGAAGAAGGAGAAAAAGUGAAGGCUGAGAUCUCUUUUGUGCUCUGCAAGAACCAUGUCCGCUCUCUACAGAAGGAGGGUCACUGGCCUGAGGCCUUUUCUGAGGUAGCUGAGAAACAAAACAAUGUGAACAGAGAGAGUCAGCCGGAACUCCCCACUGAGCCACAGCUGUCAGGAGAAGGGUCAGGUUCUGAAGAUGAUUCUGACCUCUUUGUCAACACCAAUCACAGACAGUAUCAUGAGAGUGAGGAGGAGAGUGAAGAAGAAGAGGAGGAGGCGGCCUGAGCCCCAGGACCCACUUUUCUACUUGCUCAGGGACUACCCCUUGGCUUUUCUGGGUUUGGACAUUCCCAGGGUGCCCUGCAGAUCUUUUCCUUUGGAUGGGGACAAAGCAUGGCCCCUUUCUGAACUGACGUAAAAAGAAUUAAACCCCUGGUGGGUAGUGACUUACA